AUGUCUUCCUCCGAUGCUCCUUCUUCUUCUGCUGGCUUUUCUAAGUCUCAGCAACAACCUCCCAGAAAGUUCAUUAAACGUCCUGAUGAUGAAGUUGUCAAGAAGCAAAUUGAAGCUUUAAGAAAGGAAAUCGCCCAAUUAGAUUUGGCAAGUAACGAAUUGACUGCUCAACUUGAUAAGACUACUAUGGAUCCAAAGCAUGCUGAAGCCCGUAGUGAAUUACAAACUGAAUUAAGACUGUUGAUUUCUAAACAAUCUAGUUUGAAGACUGAACGUAAUGCUGUUAAUGAUCAAAUUAAGCAAGUUGACCAAAGUUUGAAGAGAAAAGUUGCUGAAAUCCAAGCACAAACUUCCAAAAACAGUUUCAAAUCUGUUGCUGACAUUGACGCACGUAUUGACUAUUUGGAUGGUUUAGUUGAUGCUGGUACUUUGAAAUUGGCCGAAGAACGUAAGUUUGUUAAGGAAAUGUCUAGCUUGCGUAAGUUACGUAAGGAUUUUGGUGCCAUUGAAAAGCAACAAGCUUUGAUUGAUGCUGAUAAGACAAAGAUUGCCGAAUUGAAGAAGAAAUUGUCUGGUUUGCAAAAUAAGGAAGUUCAAGCACGUUUUGAAGAAAUCCAAAAGAAGUUGGAUGAAAUUAACGAACAAAAUAAGUCCGUUUCCACUAAAAGAUCCGAAUUUGUUAAGAAGAGAGCUGCACUUAGAGAACAGAAGGAUGCUAAGUUUAACGCAAUCCGUAAGUUGAGAGCUGACUUCGAUGCUGAAAUGGAUAAGUUCCGUGCUACCUUAGCAGCGGAACGUAAGAAGAGAGAAGAAGAAAACAAGGCUCGUGAACAAGAAGAAAAGUUACAAAAGAAGAAGGAAGUUGCUGAGAAGCUUUUGUCUGAAGCUUCUGUACCUGCUUUCACUCAAGAAAUCAACUCCAUACAUACGUUGUUGGCUUACUUUGAUCCAGCAUAUGUUAAGCCUGCUCCCAAAUCAACUUCCACUGCUAACGGUGCUAGUGAAAUCAAUACCCACAAAUCCAUUCGUAAGGUUGAAAUGCCAGAAGAUGUUGUUGUCUUGAAAAAAGAAACUGUCGCUUUCUUUGAAGGUACUAAGGGUAAGAAGGCCAACAGACAAAGAAAGAACAAGACUAAGUUCACUGUUGACCCAGAAGUCAUUGCUGCUUUAGGAAACUUGUCUAUUCCAUUACCAACCAAAUCUGAAGAUGUUGAAGGUACCAUCGAAGUAUUGAAGGAAACUUUGAAGGCCUUGGAAGACAAACAAGAAGAGCAAACCAAGGUUAAUAUGGAAAGAGCCAAGGCCCAGCUUGCUGCGUUGGAAGCUGAAGAAGAAAAGAAGGCAGACGAAAAAGAAACCUCGGAAGAAACCACUGAAGAACCUUCCGAAGAAGCUGCUGUUGAGGAAAACGGGAACUAA